GCGAGAGAAGGGUGACUGUAGAGUGAUGGGACCCGGCUGAGGGAACAGCAGCGAGUGAUCACUCUCCGAGCUGGUAAUGACAGCAGGUAGAUAGAUGUGAAGGAUGACUUCUUGCUCAGAGAUUUGUGGGUCGGAGUAUGGUGAGCAAGCCAGCAGGAACUACCAGCAGUAUGGAGUCCGCUCCUACCUACACCAGUUUUAUGAGGAGUGCACAGCUUCUAUCUGGGAACGUGAUGAAGAUUUUCAGAUUCAGAGAUCGCCUAGCAGGUGGAGCUCUUUACUCUGGAAGGUCUGUCUCGCGUUUGGAACCCUGAUUUUGUUUGCGGGCCUCAUUGUCGUCAUGGUGGGUUAUGCCACUCCAGCCAGGAUCGAAGCAUUUGGCGAAGAUGAUCUACUUUUUGUUGACAGCCACGCUGUCAGUUUCAACCGUGCUCUGGAUGUUUGUAAGCUGACUGGUGCUGUGCUGUUCUGUGUGGGAGGCACCUCCAUGGCCGUGGGUCUCCUGCUGUCUGCCUUUGCUAAAAGCUACUCCAAAGAGGAACUGUAUCUGCAGCAGAAGUUUAAGGAGAGGUUGGCAGAUCUGCAUGCAACAGUUGGUACCCCCAUAAUGAGAGCACCAACCCCUGGAGAGGGAAAGGUGCCAGUCACGCUUUCCAAAGUCCAGAAUAUCCAGCCAGCGACCACAAAGUCGGAGACCUGACAUCAGUCCAAUUGAAAGGGGAUAAAGUGAAGAAGUGUGUGUGUUGAUUGGUGGGUGUGCAGAAUGUGAGUGAGUGCGCCAAUCAAUGUGUGCAUUUUCUCUUUUGAAAGGUCAGCUUACAUGACUGAUAGUAUUGGUUCCUCAUCUUGCUGUGCUUGCUGUGUUUGACAUUAAAGCUUGACUUCAGGGUUAUAUAGAUGAAGAGCUUAUAUAGCUGGACAAAGUUUAAGGCUUUUGUUUGAACAUCAGUUGUAUGAGAUUCAUGGUAAUCUGACAAAGCACAUGCCGGUCUUGAGCCCUACCCAGAAAACAAACCAUGGAACAAAUCAAUAGAACACAGCCGCUGAACAACAUCAAUGUCGUUUUUUUUGUAAAAAUUUUGUAAAAGAGGAGAGUGUUACUGCUGGAGGAUGUAGACGUAGCAGCAGAUGCACUGUUUUUUGGCGGUAUUGGUGAUUAGCCCCUAUUCCCAGCAAUGAUCAAAAGAAGCACUGAACACAAACACCAUUAUCUCUGCCCAGUCUCUAAAAGGACAUCAGAGGAUGAGUGUUUCUAUGAACAGAAUACUGUAUGUCAAUGUGUGCAUGUAUGCAGCUCAACUGUAUGCAUCCCAACACUGACAGUGAAAGCUGUCAAUCACAACUGCACAAUAUACAGUAUGUACAUGUGCUUUAGCUGAUGAAUGCUUCUUGUAAAUACUGUUUACAUGCAAAAACAAGCCAAGAGAACUCUCAGCUGAUACUCUGCAAGAAGUUUGCACAUUAUCAGAAAAGAUUAGACCAAACACAGAUUAGAAGAGACCUUAAGGGUAGAUUUCACAGUGACAUUUUCUCCUGUCUUAUUAUGCCUCUCUGACCUUGUCUCCUUCAAUAAAUAUUCAGACAGGAUCGAUAAAUGAAACCAGACAGACUAAUGAAAGGCAGAACAUGCAUAAUAGCAUAGUCUGUGAGGCAUAUUACUUUCUAGAUACAACAAAUAAGGCAUUCAUCAUGCCUUCUAUAUUUGAAAAUUAUUAUUUUUUGCUUUCCUGAACACUUCAUUACCCAUGCUCUUCCCCUAUUUGUCUCCCUCUCUCCUUGUGACAAAUGCAAGCAUGUACACAUAGGCACACAUCUAUCUAUCAAAGCAUGCUUUUUUACCAUUCUGAAUCAAAAUCCUGUCAAGUUGAGCAGGUGCUACUUGUGAAAGGCAAACUAGCACAAAGCUGCAUCAAGAGAGACCGACAACAUGACAGAUAUGUUACAUAAUAGGAGGACGAAGACAACACAUUCAGCUCUCCCGUAAAACCACAUCAGCGCUCAUUGUUUUCACUCAUUGUUUCCAGAGAUGCUUCAGAUACAAUAACUGCCUUCCUGCACUCAAGAGUAUAAAGUAUGUAAUACUGUCGAAAUGGUGAAAUGUUGCAUCACCAACACUUUUUUUUUUUUUACUGGUUGCAUAUUCACUUACAUUCCAUACCUGAAACAGAAGUUACAUCAAGAUUUUCAUUUGAUUUAUUUUACAGUAUAUAAGCUUGGCAUUCACACUUACCUGUAACUUACAAGCACAAUAAGCUGUCAAUGGCCAUGUUUGGUUCCUUUUCUUAAAACCUUUUUGACUACAUGAAUAUGUCUUUUAAAUAUAGUGACCAUGCUGCUUAUAAAUUGUUACCAUGUUAUAUUGUUAAUCUUUUGAAUUCAUUGCACACAGAAUAACAUAUUUUUGUGCUGUACUUUGUUAAAUCAAUGUUACAGUGGUCUCUGUCUAAGUGCCAUUAAGCAACAUGCCUCCUACUGUGCAUCACUGCUGCAGGUCCUUCCAAACAACUUCUCUUCAAAUCCAUACAUCAACAAUGCAUUAUAUUUACUGUUUAGAAACAAACUGCUAUACUGGCUACUGUACAUAUGCUUAUGCAAGUUGACCUUUUAAUACCAUCCCCACAACCUCCACUCUCCUCUUUAUCUUUUUCAUUUACUCUGUGAUGUCAUUUUAACAUAUCUGGUCUCAGAAAAAACACAAACACAUAGCUAUAAAUAAGAAGAACAACAUACUAAUAAUAAAGACCAUUGUAAGAACUUAACCACUUGGAAGCUGCAAACCUACAGUACCUGGAAGAUGUUCAACAAGUUGUUAUAUACAAACCCUCCAGUGUGGUCAGAACGUUAU